CUGAAACACGAAAGAUGCUAAAAAUAGAAGACACAUAUGAUAAAAUAUCAGAAGGAGAACUCAUCUGAAUUUCUAUCUAGUAGUUAGUAUGCAUCGAGUUCACACUCUAGCUAGCUAUAACAGUUUUUAUUGUCACUAGCUAGCUGAUAAGAUUAAAUUAUAUGGAGAAUAUCGAUGGAGUUGGUUCAAUUGGCCUGGUAAAGGACGGACUGAUAGGGUUUGAUCAAGGGGACGAGAGAACCACUAAGGUGAAGGGACAUGACUUCAUUGGUGGAACCAACGAGCUUGCCACCUACGAAGACAGCUGGCACUGCCGUGGAACAGCCGAUACGGAGGAGAGCCUUCUCGAUUUCGCGGCAGUCUGGAUCGUUGUCGAUCUCGUGGAUCAUUGGUUGAACCCUAAGGUCACGGAACAGGAUCUGAACGGCAUAGCAGAGACAACAGGAGCUUUUCGUCAAGAUCACCACUCCUUUCUCUGACGACAUUUUCAUCACCUUGUCCAUCAGAUUGAUCGAUGAGUGUUUUGUGAAGCUUUCUCUUUUUUUU